AACACUAAUAAAGCAGAAACGAGCAACCGAUAGCGUUUAAUGACAAAAUAACAAUAAACAAGAACUUAGAACACUGAAACCCAGCAAAAAAGUUUUUUGUUUAGAAAUUUGAAUGAAUUUAAUGCAGUUCACAAAUACAUCUGAAGGUGAGGUAAAUGAAGAGCAAAUCCGAAGCAAAAUGAAAAAUUUAGUUUUACAAGUAGGACAAAUAUCGAUACCUGAAAUUAAAGAUAAUGAAGUCCUUACCAGAGUUUUUCAAAUUUUUAAAGAGGCAAACUAUGAUGUAAGCUUUUUUGAGAUUGCAGUAGAGCACUUUAAAACCAUUUGCCUGAUUCAUGAGAGGUCUGGGGUUGAUGUAAUGAGACCAGCUAUUUUUGAAAAUCUCAAAUUUAGAACGCAUGAAGAAUGCUUGGCCUAUUACAUAGCAAAGCUUUUUUUGGACAAAAUGCAGUUAUUGAAUUUAAAACCAUGCCCAAUUGAUCUUAGCAAUUCUGAACCAAUCGAGAGUUUACCUUUACAAUUUUUUCUAAAGCAAAGUACAAAUGUCGAGGCAAAAGCAAAAUUUGAAAAUAAUUUAAACUCUGGUGACCUACUUUUUGUUGAAAUGAUCAAUACUGAGGGAAAAGGGCUUCACUCUCAAGAGCUGGGAAAACUGAGAGUGAUCGCGAAAGUGAAUGAUAUAUUCAAUUUAGAGGAGGACUUUGUAUAUCAUCUAAACUGUAAUGUUUAUAUGUUCAAGAAUCUGGAAAUGACUCGAUUGAACAGAAAUGAAAUCAAAUCUUCUGAAGUGCUUAAAGUUUGUGUCUUAGGCAAACUUACGCAACAAAAAAGAUUUGUCACAACAAAUUAUGCUUCAUUACGGCUUACUGCAGCUGAAAGGAUCUCUAUUAAUUUGGGUAUUGUGUCUUAUGAGGAUAUGCCACCUUUUCUCAAAUCUUUUAAAAAGACUCAGAAAUUUUCUUGCUAUAGCAAUUACUUACGAAGUCAUCCUCAUUUUUACCACAAUAGUGAUUUCAAAAAGCAAAUAGAAUCUUUGGGGAUUGACCCUUAUAGAAUAUAUUCCUUUUGCUCCACUAGAGAUGGACUAUCUGUUCCACCUGGCAGAUCUACUGAUAGUUUAAUAAACAAUGCCAAAGAAGCUAUUCACAUUGAUGCACAAAAUCAUCUAGAAGAAGCUAAAAAAUUUGCAGAGAAAUUUGAGAUCCACACUGCUAUUGAAGAAUUUGAAAAGAGUGCAAGUUGCUGGCCCGAAAAUUACAAACUUUAUGAAUUACGAGGUAAAAUGUAUCUCGGCAUGUGUAAAGGACGUAAGAGGAGGGGAUCACUACUCUUCAAAGCUGUGGCUGACUUUGAAACAGCUCUUCAUUUAAAUCCUAGUGCUCAAGAAUCCAAACAGUGUCUGUCGAAGAUAUUUUUAUAUCGAUCAAAAGGGUUAUUAAAGAGGAAAGAAUUAGAAAAUUCAAAGAGAGCUGCAAGUACUGCUUUGAAAAUUCUUCCAGAAAAUAUAGAGGCAGCUGAAAUGUUAAAAAAAAUUGAGAUGCACAAAAAACCAUGUUAUAUUGUUGAUGAAGACUCUGUGGAUCUUCAAACUCUUGAGAGGCAAAAAAUGUUGAUCAAACAGAAGUUGAAAAAGGAACGAGUGUCAUAAAUUCCCCUGACAAUUUUUAAUUUUUGCUACUACUAUUUAUUUAUUUUCUUUACACAGAAACUUUUUACUUUUUAUCCUUUACAGAAUGUAUUUUUUAUCAAAAUUUAAUGAUGUGAUAUUGUAUUUUACAAAUGCAUUUAUGAAACUGAUCAAGUGAAAUGUCAGUGUGUGAUGAAAAAAUAAUAUUAGCUAUGAAAUAAUUUUAUUGACUUAAAUGAAAGUUUUAUUGACUUAAAA